AUGCCCAACCCGCAAGGCAAAAACGGGAGAGGUGUUGUUAGUCCUCCAGAUGCAAUCAUAAGACCGCUUGUAGAGCAGUAUGUUGCUCAUGGUUACAGCAAUCAAGAGAUCAUCUCUCGUCUUCGGGCACACCAGGAGACUAGCAAGUUCAAUAUAUCACUGAGCCUCUUGAAAAAGCGACGUUCACAGUGGGGAGUUAUGUCUGCCCGUGGUCAAGCACACACGAUUGAAAGCAUUGGACCUGCCAUCGAGCGUGUUCGUCAAUGGUUCCCCAAACAGGGCUCGCACGACAUGAAGCAAACCCUUAGGCAAGAGGAACAUAUCAUGGUUCCAAGAGACUUAAUACUGCGGUACAUGAACCUUCACCAUCCAGAUGAAGUUCAGCGCCGGAAGAGUUGCUGGCUCAAACGCAGCACUUUUUGGACUGCAGGUCUUCAUGACAUUUGGGUUUUUGACCAACACGACAAGUGGCGUCGUUUUCAGCUCUUCCUACAUGUUGCUAUGCCUCUCGUUACCCAAAGCAAUCCAGGCACAGAGAACAACGGGAUUGUGAACGGUCACACCAUGCUUCGUCAUCUUCAAGAUCCAGGUCUAGCACGCACCCUGCAGCACAAGUUCAGAGGCGACCAUCGCAAUAUAAAGCCAGAAAUUUUCUGGAGCCAAUUGCGCCGUCGCUGGACUCCGGGUUUCGAAGAUAUUCUUGAUUUCGGUUUGAGUGCAGGCAUCUAUAACCCGGAUGAUGCACUCGAAAGACUUGUAUUUCACUUUGUUUUCAUUCCGUGGCUCCAGCAUGAGCUCGAUCUUUUUGCCGAUAAGUUCAACAACACUAAACCCCGCUUCAACAUGCACAAAAUCCUACCACAUGGUCGCCCCAAUGAUAUCUUCGAUUGCCCUGAGAAAUUUGAUUGUCGGGACUUCUCUGUGAUCGUCGAUAAUUCCUCACUUGAGGAGGUCCGGAAAACAUACGCUCCUUCCGAUCACCCCGUUUUUCUCUUGGUACCCCAGGAAUUCUCCCAGCAGGCUACGGCAUUCAUGUCUGAGCUCGGUCAUACUGUACUGACUCGUGACAAUAUCUGGGACGUGUAUUCAGGUCUUCUUAUGUGCUUUCGAGCCAUUGAAGGCGAGGAUCCCAUUCGAAGUGUCAUCACCGCACAGCCAAAGAUCCUGUGCAACGGUGAAAAACUAAUUGGGUCUGAGGAGAUGGAUGUUCUGGAUUUACCGCCAUUUGUUGAAGGGGCUGGAUAUCGUGUACCCACUGGUGAAUCUGCGGCAGUCAACUCAUCAGAUGAAGAGUCUGACUUCUACGAGUUUACCUGGACAGAUGAGGAGGCAAUUUAG